UGGAGUUCAGGGAUCGCCGCAGUCGCCGCCAGCGGCGUUGACAUCGGCAGGAGCGGGGCGUCGCAGAGCAGCCCUUGCCGCCCUCUCUCCCGGACCGGCCCCGACUGAGUUCCAGGUGCAGGAUUCGGAUCACAGGAGACCGGGGCGGUGGCGAUCCCGGUGAAUGAGCGGCGCCCGGCGCAGGAUAUAAAGCUGUUGCAGAGGUUUCCCAGCCUGGCUUCAACCACGGAGUCUCCCGAUUGGAUGUGCCGUUCCCAUGACAAUGCAUUCUCUGGACGAGCCCCUGGACCUGAAGCUGAACAUCUCCAAGCUCCGGAUGAUGAGGGGGAAGAAGCAGAGACGCCACGAGGCUGCGGAAGAGAGCAAUGCCCGGAGGGAGCUGAAGAUGACUGACGAUCGCACCGCGGUUAUGGCACCGGGAUCUCCCCAGGCCCCGCAGACUGGUCCUUUUAUGGUCUCCCAGGCUGACGAGAAGCAGGACUCCCGCUACUCUCCAUCCCAGAGCUCUGUAUCCAUCGUGGACCUGAGCCUCUCCCCUGGAUCUGCCCUCGAUUCGCCCCCCAGCUCUGCCCUGCUGCCUGACGAGUUGCAGAAUGGUGGUGAAGAUUCUCCAGGUGUUGGGACCCCGGCCCGUUUUCUGGAGGGGACUCAGAGCUCCCAGACGUUUCAGUUCUUCCUGCCUCUGGGUUCGAGGAGCCCCGUGCAUCUGCCAUCGUCUUUAUUAGUGACGCCCCCUAAGGAGGUGCAGGCCCUGCUCGAGCUCCCGGAAGAACAGCUGGCGUGCCGAUGGCGCAAGUGUAACCAGCUGUUUGAAUCACUUCAGGAUCUGGUCAAUCACGUCAACGAUUUCCACGUCAAACCGGAGAAGGAAACCGGAUACUGCUGCCACUGGGAGGGCUGUGCCCGGAAAGGCAAGGGGUUCAAUGCCAGGUACAAGAUGUUGAUUCACAUCCGAACUCACACCAACGAGAAGCCUCAUCGCUGCCCAACCUGUAACAAGAGCUUCUCCCGGCUGGAGAACCUGAAAAUCCACAACCGCUCACACACAGGGGAGAAACCAUACAUCUGUCCAUACGAGGGCUGUAAUAAGCGGUACUCCAACUCCAGCGAUCGCUUCAAACACACUCGGACACAUUACGUGGACAAACCGUACUACUGCAAGAUGCCAGGUUGCCACAAGAGAUAUACAGACCCCAGCUCUCUGCGCAAACACAUCAAAGCCCACGGGCACUUUGUGUCUCCAGAACAGCAGGGGCUGCUGAAACUCCGACAGACGGGAAAGAGCCCCACAGCAUCACCUCACCUCAACGGGGCACAGGUCAUCAUUCCCAAUCCAGCGGCCCUCUUCGGCAGUCAUCCCCUGCAGGGACUGGGGGCGUCCCUGCCGAUACCGAUUCACCCAGCCCCGCUGGACCUCAGCCCCCUGACCUGCAGCACUGUCACCUCGCCCCCAAUUCCCGCUGUCCCCAGCUCCAUCAUCUCCCUCAAUGGCACCCCGAUAAACCUGGCCAAGUCAUCCUUGAUGUCCUCACCGGUGCCCGCCAGCUCCCUGGGUCUUCCACUGAUGUCCUUGAUGAGCGGAUCUCAGAGCCACCUCCAGAGGCUGCCCACUUCAAAACCCAAAGCAGCUGGGUGCAAGAAAGCGGACGAGAAGAUCAAAGGUCCCCUGUCACUGGAGAGGGCUGAGGUACGGCUGAGGCCCCCGGCAGAAGGUUUCUCUGUGCUCCCCGGCGCAGUGAUAGACUUAUCGAGCGGAAUGGGUACCCUGCCAGGGGCUGACUCUCUUCCUCCAGCCUGGGUGGUGUUUCCCCCAGGUUCAGUCCUGCUCAAGCCCGCUGUGGUAAACUGAAUCUGAUCUGGCCAACCCAGCUGGGUCAGUCUCUGACAGAGGCAACGAGCCCCAGCGCUAUCCUUCCUGAAAAUUCGUCAUCAAUUCCUCUCCCUGGUGGGUUGAAUGUUUGUCAGUGGUAACUUGACUUCAUACUGAAAGGAAAUGACUGAUCAGAUCCCCGUUUAAGUGCUAGGAGAGAAGUUAUCUCAUUGUCCGGGGCAUCCCAAUCAGAUGAAUAUUUGUUGCCCACACCUGGAAAAGAGCUGGGCGUAAAUCCAGCUGCAGAGGUUGGCUUCACCCCAGGGGUACAGAGGGAACAUCCACCUCUUCUCACUCUCAUCAAAGACCUCCUCCUUCUCUUCAAUCACUUACAAUCUCUUUGUUUUGCACCAGAUCAUGAUGAGAAGUCGACCAAAUUAUCCAUUGAUACUAGAAACUAGUCAGCAGAUGAAGCUUACAACCAUCGUCAUCAUCAUGGCUCUGGGGAUUUGAACCAGUUUCAUUGAUGAGCGAAUGGGUAUGGGAAAUGGUGUAUCAAGAAGCAUCAGUGGGCAGUCACGGAUCAGUUGGGAGACGGGUAAGCUGGAGGAGAAUGAGGUUUAGUUGGGAAUUGGGGUCAGUAGGGGUGGGAAUGGGAACUCUAGGGGCAGGAAUGUGGAUCAAUGGGGGAGACAGCUCUGAGCCAUCGAACAAAUUUGGAAAGAAGCACUUUGUGUUGAACUAAACACACAGGGGGAGGGGGGCUGAAUUUCAACCCUUGCUUCCAUCUUGCCAACUGUACUGAUUCAGGACACUGCUAGCUUUUGUCCGCAAUUUGCAAGAACUUUGAAUCUCCCAAUUAUUGUUCCUUCCCUCACACCCACAAGUUGUAUCAGAAGAUUUGAAAGGGAACAUUAAAAAUUGCACACAGAUCUAGAUCUGGAAACCACGGGUGGGCAUGUAUGCUUUCAGUGGCUACUUGAUUAGGUACAGGAGUGGAACCCAGUGUGGUCUUGUGCUGCUGUAGCUCGUCCACUUCAACAUUCAACAUGUGCAUUCAGAGAUGCUCUUCUGCACACAACUAUCACAACACAAGGUUAUUGGAGUUACUGUUACUUUCCCAUCAGCUUGAACCAGUCUGGCCAUUCUCCUCUGACCUCUCUCAUUAACAAGGUGUUUUCACCCACAGAACUGCUGCUCACUGGAUGUUUUUUGUUUUUCAAACCAUUCUCUGUAAACUCUACAGACUGUUGUGUGUGAAAAUCCCAGCAGAUCAGCAGUUUCUGAGAUACUCAAACCACCCAGUCUGGCACCAACACUCAUUCCAAGGUGAAAGUCACUUUGAUCCCAUUUCUUCCCCGUUCUGAGGUUUGAACUGAACAAAAACUGAACCUCUUGACCAGGUCUGCAUGAGUUGCUGCCACAUGAUUGGCUGAUUAGAUAUUUGCAUUAACGAACAGGUGUACAGGCAGACCCUAAUCAAGUGGCCAGUGAGCGUAAAACUUUUAUACAAAUCUACACGCAGGAGAAGUUGCAAUAAAAGUCAGUGUCCUAAUACUGUGUGAGAUAACGGCGACUCUAGCCUUUAACCUUGAAGAACCAGUAGCAGCAAACCACACCAGAUUCUACUGCUGUGCCUAAGGAACUAACAUGACAGGUUUUACAGAAACCAAGUAUGACACCUACAGGAAAUAUAGGUUAAAUGCCAACUACUGGUGAAUAUUUCAUACAUAGAUAGAACCUUGAAUUUUUUAUUUAAGGUGAGGGUUGUGACUUUAUUUAUUCACUGCCUACUGCCCCCCAGUUUGAGGAUAAUUUAUUCCCUGCAGUGGUUGGUUAGAAAAUGACCAAAUUUCCUGUAUGAACAACCCUGAGCUAAUCCCACUGCCCUCUGCCCCUCCCGCUCUGUACAAGUAGCCCUGUAUCAACCCCAAACUGGUCACAUUCUCUCCCCAUGGCCCUGCAAGUUCCUGUCACAAACAUCUGCUGAUCUCUCCGUCCCCUUUCACUGCUUGCUCUAAACAUUGCAACACUCAGUUUUUAUUUUUUUAUUUAGCGAUAAGAGUGAGGAACAGGCCCUUCUGGCUAGCCACCUGUUUAACCCCAAUGAGCUGUGUGACCCAGCUACUCUCUGAUUUAACCCCAGCAGGACAACUUACAAUGACCGAUUAACCUACUAACCACUAUGUCUUUGGAACGUGGGAGGAACCUGAGUAGCCAGAGGUUGCCACGUGGAGAAUGUGAAAACUCCUUACAGACAGCAGUGGAAUUAAACCUGGGCCACUGGCACUAACUGCUACACUGCUCCUUUCUCUAAAACUCAGGUCCUCAAGUCCUGACAACAUCCUUGUAAAUUUUCUAUGUACUCUUUUAAUCGGUUGAUAUUUAGGAGAUCGGAAAAGAUUGUCCAUUAGCCUCUUGGUAUUUUUACACAUCUACUUACCAUUCACUGAUGCUCAGAAAGGUACGUCUCGAGGAGUAACUUUAAAAUCAACCCUGCCUUCUACCAUCUUACUCAAUGCUGACCAUAACUACAUCAUUCAGAAAUAGAGUCAAAAGUACAGCACAGAAACAGGUCCUUCAACCCAUCUAGUCUAUGCCAACCAUUUAAACUGCCCAGACCCAUUGACCUGCACCGAGACCAGAGCUCUCCAUACCCCUACCAUCCAUGUACCUAUCAAAACUUACAUUGAACAUUCAAAUCGAGCUCACACGCACCACUUGAGCUAGCGGCUUGUUCCACUCUCUCACAGCCCUCUGAGCGAAGCUUCCCCUCAUGUUCCCCUUAACUGUUUCACCUUUCACCCUUGAUUUCUGGUGUGUUGUCCAGCCAGCCUCAGAGGAAAAAGCCCGCUUGUAUUUACACUUUCUACAAUCAUUUUGUAUGUCUCUACCAAAUCUCCCCCUCAACCUCCUGUGUUCCUAACCUAGACAAAUAGGAGGCCCAAAGGUGAACGUUGAUCCAAAUGUCCAAUUAGUACUACUUCUCAAAGGGAAAAUGCUCUACAGUGUCAUUCUGUGUGCUUAACUGAGCAAUGAGUGAAGUUGUUACGGACAGCCAUUCCCAUUGAGCAGUGACGGAGGGCUGUGGUGAAAGGUAAACUGCUGACAUACAAAGAGAUUACAAUGCCCCUUGCCCGUCCUGCUGAAACUCUCAGUCCUGCCCUUUUCUUAACCUCGACAUGAACGCUCCAAUAUGACUAGACUUUGGAAACUUGAAGAAAGCUUGUAAUGGCCAGUGCACAGAACACACAUGAGCCUGCUGUUCUAUACUCGCUCCCAAAUAAUCAACAUCUUCAUUCUAAAUUUCUCAGCAGUGUUUCAAAUUCUUCUGCAACUUCAUCCCUGUCUGGUUCUACAAACCUCUGAGAUCGUUGCACUUCAAGCCCGGCUUCUCAAAUUUAACCCUCUUCUAUUGGUGGCUUUAACAUCUUUUGUCACAACUUAAAGAACAUAGAACAUUACAACACCAUACAAACCUUCGGCCCACGAUAUUGUGCUGACCUUUUAAACUAUGCAAAAAUCAAUCUAACUUCAGGGAUUAAAAGAGGAUCUGUCCCAGGGGAUUACAGACUAAUGGUAAAAACAGUGACUAAGUGAGAGACUGAGGAAGAGAUGGCUCAGACAAACAAGGAGACUGGGGAUGGAAUGGGAGUUCUGAUGAAUCCUGAAUUUGCAGUGGAAUGAGGAACGAGCCCCAAAAAGGGAUGAGGGGAGGAGAUCCUUAUUAAUUUUAUCUUAAUUUAAAAACAUUCCUUUAACUUAGUUUUACAGUUAAAUUCUCCAAAUCCCAUGGUAUUAACUGCAGAUAUACAGCACUAAACAGUAUCAUUUAAUCCCACAGUUAAGUGGAAGAUCAAAUAGGCCAGGAUCAGAAUCGGGUUUAAUAUCAUAUUGUUGUUUUGUGGCAGCAGUGCAUUGCAAUACACGAUUAUAAAAACCGUAAAUUACAAUAAGAUUUUUAAAAAUAAAUUAGUGCAAAAAGGGGGAAAAUAGUGAGAUAGUGUUCUUGGAUUCAUUGUUCAUUCAGAAAUCUGAUGGCAGAGGGGAAGAACCUGUUCCUGAAAUGUUGUGUGGGUCCCCUCAGGCUCCUGUGCCUCCUCCUUGAUGGUGGGGAGGAGAAGGGGGCAUCAGAGUCACAUCUGGUUAAGUGACUCAGAAAGUCUGAACAUUGCCGUGUCCAGUUUCCACAUACACGGUUUCACAGGAUGGAUGCUUCCUCUCAAGUGCUCUCACAUUGACAGGAAGAGUUUGUACUGUCAAAGUGUGUGUUCCUGACGAAGCGUUCAUCCUUGUGCUGCCUGUCAAAAUGUAGAGCUUUAAAAUUCUCUCUCGCGCUUUCAUUCCUUUGAUAUUCCCUCAGAACUACCUCCUUGACCAGACCAGUCACCUGUCCCAAUAUCCCAUACUGUUUGACGUCAUUUUUAUGUGGUAACAUUCCUAUUAAGCACAUGGGACAUUUCUCCUUGUUAAUGACUGGUUAACAUGAUGUUUUUAUGUAUGAUUAUAGAUGCAUUUUGUUUUUGCCAGCUGGAAAACCUGUAGUAACCUACCUAUUCUGUCACCUCAGCCAAGAACCAUGAUAUUAGCACUGAUGAAGGCUGAUGGCAGAGAAUUCAACCAGUGAGAUCCUGUUAACUUUAGGAACUUCAUACCGAUGCUCUCACAUUGACAGGAAGAGAUCACACUGUCAAAGCGUGUAUUCUGACAAAGCAUACACCCUGUGUGCUGCCAGUCAAAAUGUAAAUCUCUCUAUAAGCCGUUUAUUAAUUUUACUAUUUCCAAGACAAAGAAACAUUUAUCUUUCUGCAGGCUGUACACUGUAUAGUACUGUUAAGUGUACUCGGACCCCAGUGGGUCUAGACUUAUCUCCUCACCCUCUAGUACUAAUAAGCUAAAUAAUAAUGGAUUAAGCUUUUUGUAAAAGGUCAGUUGUACAGUGUGUGCAUUAUUGGACAGGGCCCACCUGGGUCUGGACCAGAUUACCCAACAUUCCACAUCUUCCCAGCAGUAUUUUUGACAUGUUUCAAAGUGCCUUUUUACCGUACAAUCUAAGUAAGUGUGGCUCCCGUGAUGGAGAUGCAGCAGGGUAGCCUCAAGCAGAUGCCCUGUACUGACGUCCUCUGACAAGGGACACAGAU